GAAAACCUGAAGUAACCUCAGGCUAACCUUGUGAUUUUGGAAAACUAAACUUGCUGGUGAAUUAACUGGGGGUAACAGGCUCUUAGCUAACUUUGUACAGCCGCAUUUGCAGUGUUUCAGCUGCAUGCCAACAAAGAUGAACCAGAAUGCGUGAAGUGUUUCCAAGGUUUUUAGAACUUCAACUGUAAAAAUGGGCAGAAUUUUCCUUGAUCACAUCGGUGGUACCCGUCUGUUUUCUUGUGCAAACUGUGAUACGAUCCUGACCAACCGCUCAGAACUCAUCUCCACUCGGUUCACAGGCGCCACUGGCAGAGCAUUUCUUUUUAACAAGGUGGUUAACCUGCAGUACAGUGAAGUUCAAGACCGGGUCAUGCUCACUGGCCGCCACAUGGUUCGAGAUGUGAGCUGCAAAAACUGCAAUAGCAAACUGGGAUGGAUCUAUGAGUUUGCCACUGAAGACAGCCAGCGUUAUAAGGAAGGCCGUGUGAUCCUGGAACGUGCUCUAGUUCGAGAGAGUGAGGGCUUUGAGGAGCAUGUACCAUCUGAUAACUCUUGAAGAAAAAGAGAGAACUCCAUCUUUUCCCAGGUCUCCUUCACUGAAAACAAAAAUCUACUUACAUACACUGUCACCUUAGCAUCAGAGUCGGAUUCAUGAACUGAGGAACAAGAGGUUGUGAGAAUCUAAGAUGGAACCUUUCUUUCUUUCUUUCUUUUUUUAAAAUUUUCUAUUUUCCAUCCAACAGCAGUGUGUAGAAAGAAUAUUAUGCAGAUGCCGAUAAUUUUUUUCCCCGAUGUUUACAUCUUGAGGCAGAAUAGUCUGUCUGCAGCUACAUGGUGGGCUAUGUGAGGAAAAAAAUCUGGGCUAUUAGAGUGAAAAAGUGUGUUUUCUGUAAAUUUUGAAAGGAAAAUGUGUCAAGAGCAUGGUUUUUAAACUUAUUUGAGCUUCAUUUUAAGACUUUUUUUAAAAACCCAAUUAUUUCAUUUGAUUUGCUAGCUUCAGAGAAGAGAUCCGAAUUUGUGACCAGCGCUAAAGGUUCAGUGUUAGUAUGGCUUGUGCUGGCCAUUGUGCCAUAUUCUUGUUGGAGAUGAACCGUAGCACCAGAGCCCAUUCUUCCUUGUCAGUCUUGACCCAAAGAUGUCAGCAUUCUUAGUUAUUUGUCACCACAUAAUUGGUGUUGAUUGGAAACUUCCUGAAGUGGGGCAGAACUGCUUGGUUGUCUUUUCCAUGUAACUUAAGCAUAGUAAUAUAAAUAAAGUAAUAGUUGGAUGUUUUUGGUCCUGUGUUGCUUUUAAAAACACCUUUAAAAAGAGCAGGGUAUUUGACAAGUAAUUUUCAUAGUAGUGUUUCUUUUCAUCUCUUAAGCUAAAUUGACUGUGUAUAAGGUAUUACUUUGUUUAAAUUAAAGCAUACUGUUUAAACGCACAAUAUUGCAUUUAGAAAACAGUUGAACAGAACAUCAGUGUGCAUUCAUGCAGAAAGCAUUUCAUCUGCAUCUCUUUUAAAAGAAGGGGGAAAAUGCAGCAACCUAACUAAAAACACUGCUUCAUGAAGUGUUUCUGCCUUUCCUCCUCAAUUUUGCAUUGAUUUUGACAAGUCUGUAGAGCCUAAUAGUUUCAUCAAAGGAUUAGAUCUCUUAGCAUUAUUUUCUCAGAUCUUCCCUCAGAAGUUCAGCUGUCGAAAUAGAAACUGUACUUUCCACUUGAAGGGAUCAAAUUUGACUCAGGGUGUUAUUUUAGCCCCAAAUUUACAACAUUAUGAAGUGUUAAAAUGUAAAUGUUUCUUUAUCCAAACUAUUUCUAGAUAUUCUAGUAUUUGCUUCUGGUGGAAAAGUGACAUUUAAAAUUGGCUAAUUAUUUAAAUGAGUGAAUGGAUGUUUGAGUGCUCAAUUUCUAGGUCUUUGUCUAGAAAGGAAAUUUGCUUCAAUUAACAAAAUCUGUCUCUGAUAUUAGAGGUAACUCCUUAGUACAGUUAAGAUUGUUUCUCUUAUUUGCCUUUGGGCUCUUGGUUAGAGGCAUAGGUCUCUGAUUAAGUAGGUGUAUAUUACUGCAUUUGAGAUAAGUGGACACAAAUUCUUCUCUAUCCUUGUUUUACCAUGGACUAAAUCUUCAAGCAUUAAGAAACAGCCUUCAUUCCCAUUCAUUUCCAUACUUGCCUUUGAUUAUAUGCAGAUUCCUAGUAGCAUGCCUACCUACAGCACUAUGUGCAUUUGCUGUCACAAUAAAGUAUAUUUUGUCUUGCA